AUGCCAACCAAAAAUCAACAUCAGAAAACAAUGAUAAUCAUGGAAAAACAGACCAAAAUGUUUUAUUUACUUUACUUAAAUAGAACAAAUCAACAUAAGAAAAAACUUAUUGCUAGACCUUUUGCAUUAAAAUUCAUCAGAAGCAAACAAGGUAUGUUCGUUUGUAAUGACUGCUAUGCCCUUUUUUUCUUAUCGUAUUUAACAUCUAAACAUUAUUUAUGGAUACCUCAUCUCGUCCGAAAUUUAUCGUUGAUGUCGAGUGAAACCAACGAUGUGAAACGCACCAUAAAUUUCAAGUGUUUCCAUGAUAAGAAAUUGACGUUUUCACUCUGGCUUGUACGAGUUCAGAUUUUCAAUAUGUUGAAACAGAAAAGAAGUUAA